AUGAUGCAUGCCUUUAUGACUGAAAUGAGGGCAGACAGGGCUUGGAACAGGAGGGAUGAUUCUCCUCCACACACGGCUACGGAGACUGCUACCCGUACGCCAUCUGUUACUCCUCAGCAGGAGGGGAGUGGUGCUAGUCAUCAGUCUGGUGAGGUAUAUGCUGGUACGGAAGAGCAUAGACUCCUUUCUUUCAGGAAACACAAACCGCCAUCAUUUCAGGGGUCAAGGGACCCGAAGGUAGUGACUACAUGGUUGAGAGGUAUGGAUAAGAUAUUUCAAGUUAUGGGGUGUCAGGACCCGCAAAGGUUGUCAUAUUCUGCUUAUAUGCUCGAGGGUGAUGCACACGAGUGGUGGUAUACUGCAUCACAACCUUUUAUUAUUCAAGGGGAAGAGAUUACAUGGGCCUUGUUUGAGAGACUGUUUCAUGAAGAGUAUUUUCCUCGAGAUGUUCGGGAGGCUAAACAGGGGGAGUUUGAGAAAUUGGUACAGGGUACCAUGACAGUUGAUGCCAAUGUGGCGAAGUUCAAUGAUCUGGUAAAAUUUGCUAAUUAUAGGGGUGUACUGCCGACUCCUGAGUUUUUAUCCGCCAAGUUUCAGAGGGGUCUGAAUGAGAAAAUUGCAAAAAGAAUGUCUAAUACAGCUGUGAGGAAUUUUGCAGAUCUUGUGACCCAGUGCAAACGGGUAGAAAGUGUUUAUAAUCGCUAUCCAAAAUCUGGUUCUUCGAGGACAUUUGGUCCUCCAGGUAAUAAUAAUAACAGGGGUGGCUUUCAUCAGAAUAACAACAGAGGUAGGGGGUUGCAGGUAAGGCAGCCUCAGGGACAGUCCAAGAGAGGAGGUGGUCAGAGAAGUUGGUUUAAUGACAGAAAUUCUAGUCCUCGUUGUGAUAAGUGUAAGAAGUUUCAUCAAGGGUCUUGUGCUGUGACCCAAAAUACUUGUUUCAAAUGUGGAAAGGUUGGGCACUAUGCUAACAAUUGUUAUAGCAAUACUGGGCAGGCUGCGAAUCUCCAGACCUUGCCAUCUGCACCUACAUUUGGGCGUGCUUAUACUACUAAUGCACAGCAGACGGUGAAGGCGCCGAAUUUGGUUAAAGCUACGGACUAG